ACAAUUAUAAAUAAAAAAUAAUAGGGGGGAAGGGAAUCGAGUUUUGCCCUGUUAUAACGUAAACGACACGUGAUUGGGAUGGUGGGAUUUUGACAGAUUCUCCAGUUUUAUAUAUACUGUUUUUUUUUUUAAGAAAACAAAAAAGAAUGUCUCAGCAUUUAAAGCAUAAAGUCUUCUACAGGACGAACAGGUCGAAUAAAAUCCUCAAGGUGGUAAGAGAGCAUUAUCUUAGAGAUGAUAUUCUGUGUGGUUCGAAGGCUUGCAGUCAGUGCAGCUCUUUGAGCGAAAUGGUACUUGACGAGCAGCCGCGUUCAAAGACAAAAGCAUUCCCGGAGGACCACUACAUAUUCCUUGACACGAACGCCGUCCUUGAUCAAAUAGACGCUCUCGAAGAUCCGUAUCUGACGAAUAUCGUCAUACUCCAAACUGUGCUUGAAGAGGUGAAACACAGGAGUGCGACUGUAUACAAACGUCUCAAGGAAAUCAUAGGCGACAAGUCGCGCAAGAUAUACGUAUUUGUAAACGAACACCGACUGGAGACUUAUGUCGAGAGGGAAAACGGUGAAUCAGCUAAUGACAGAAAUGACAGGGCGAUUCGAGUGGCUGCUAAGUGGUACGAGGACCAUCUCAUGACAGUUAAAUCCGUCCUGCUUUCAGACGAUGCGGAUAACAGGCUUAAGUCAUUCCAAUUCGGAAUAACUGCUCUAUCUCUAAGUGAUUACGCUGAGGGAACGGAUAACGUGACGUUGCUUGAGAGAGUAAGCAGCAAACGAUGGUCGCAGAUGAAGAACGAGGACGAGACGAAAGAUUACACCGCUCAUUAUCCACUUGCCAGUAUUCGCCAGGGGUUGAAAACAGGCAACCUGGUCCAAGGGGUGUAUUUCGCGUCUCGAGACAACAUUCUAGAAGGGACAGUGAAGACUGAACAAAACGACAUUUUAUUGCAAGGAAGAGGAAGUAUAAAUAGGGCAAUUGACGGUGAUACAGUCGCCGUUGAAAUAUUGCCCGAGUCUGAAUGGAAAGCACCGUCAAAUUUAGUCAUUGAUUCAGAAGAUGUCGAUGAAAUCGCUGAAGACGACAACGCUGAGAAGCAAAUGACUGGCAAGGUCGUUGGAAUUAUCAACAGGAAAAUUGUGCAAUAUUGUGGUAUACUGCAGCUCUCACCAGUGCAUGGGCAUACAAGGCAUUUGUUUGUACCUGCUAAGAAACAAGUGCCUAAAGUGAGAAUUGAAACGAGGCAAGGUGAGAGAUUGUCAAAAGAAAGGAUUGUCGUUGCUAUAGAUGCGUGGCCAAAGGAUUCCAGAUAUCCUCAGGGCCAUUUUGUUCGAGCGUUGGGCCCAAUUGGAUCAAAAGAGGCCGAGAACGAAGUCCUUUUACUCGAACAUGAUAUACCUUGCGCAAAUUUCUCCGAAGCGGUUCUAGCCGACCUGCCAGAUGCAAAUUGUACAAUAAAAGAAGAGGAGAUAAAGCGUCGUGUUGAUCUGAGAGACAAGGUGAUCUGCUCCGUCGACCCACCCGGUUGUACAGAUAUUGACGAUGCGCUGCACUGCAUCAAGCUGCCGAACGGCAACUUUGAAGUCGGCGUGCACAUCGCAGACGUCAGCCAUUACAUCAGGCCUGGCACAGCACUGGACAAAGAAGCCGCUUUGAGGUCAACAACUGUUUACCUUACUGAUAAAAGAAUUGACAUGAUUCCUGCCCUGCUCAGUUCGAAUCUCUGCUCACUUCAAGGAGGAGAAGAAAGACUUGCUUUUUCUUGCGUUUGGGAAUUAACUCCUGAUGCCAAAAUUGUCUCAACCAAGGUGCACAAGUCGGUCAUAAAAUCAAAAGCUGCGUUGACUUAUGCGGCGGCUCAGGCGAUCAUAGACGACAUAAAAGACACCACAGAGGUCGCCGAAUCACUCAGGGGGCUUAACUUUCUUGCGAAAAAAUUAAAAAACGAGCGUAUUAAGAAUGGUGCUCUUUGCCUCGCCUCUUCUGAAAUAAGAUUUCAUGUUGAUACGGAAACAAACGACCCGGUAGAUGUUGUCGCCAAGAAGUUGAUGGAGACCAACUCUAUGGUUGAGGAGUUUAUGUUGUUAGCAAACAUAUCGACGGCAAAGAUCAUUUGGAAAGAAUUUCCUGAGUGUGCUUUGUUGCGUCGGCACCCUGAGCCGCCUCCUUCAAAUUUUGAACCUCUUGUGAAAGCAGCAUUGCAACAGGGUUUUGAGUUGGAUGUUUCGUCUGGUAAGGCGCUUGCUGAGAGCCUGGACUUGGCCGUCAAGGAGGACAACAGCUAUUUUAACGUGAUGCUGCGUAUAGUGACGACUAGAUGCAUGAUGCAGGCAGUGUACUUUUGCAGCGGGAUACUGCCUGAAAAGGAUUUCUUCCAUUACGGUCUGGCGACGCCGAUUUACACGCAUUUCACCUCACCGAUUAGGAGGUACUCGGACAUAAUCGUACACAGGCUCUUGGCAGCGCAUAUCGGAGCCGACACGACAUAUACCGAUCUGCUCAAUAAGAAAAAACUAGACGAACUGUGCAAGAACAUGAACUACAGGAAACGCAUGGCCCAGUAUGCCAGUAGGGCUUCAGUCGCCCUCCAUACAAGAAUAUUCUUCCGAAAAAAGGUUGAAAACGAAGAAGGGUACAUUCUGUUUGUCAAAAAGAACGCGUUGCAGAUCCUCAUUCCGAAAUACGGCCUCGAAGGGAAUGUCUUGCUUACUUCAAAGGACAAAAAGACCCCGAGCCCUUUUGUUUUCAACAGCGAAGACCAUACACAAAGAGCAGGUGAUGUCGUUUUCCACCCGUUUGACCGCGUCAUCGUCCAGUUGAGUGUUGACACGUCAAACGUCCAGCAUGAAAAGCUUCAAAUGAUCCUGGUCGAGCCACACAUUCCCGGAUUUUCGAUUACAAACACCGAAGACCUGGUGCCGGGUGAAGGAGAAGGAUUUUAGUCUUGUAAAUAUUUUUUUUUUCAAAAAUAAAUUUUUUUAAAAUAAAACAGUAA